AUGGAGUCUCCGAGCAAGUCCGAGAAGCUCGUGCCUGAGGAUCAGGUGGAGCUGGGCCGCGACGGCAUGCCGCAGGAGAUCUGGGACGACAUGGUCAAGAACGAGCGUAACAUCUUCUACUCGCUCAUGUUCCUCAACGGCUCGGUGCUCUGGGCCUACUACUCGUGCCUGAGCGCGCAGGACUUCUACACGGUCGAGUUCGCCGACUCGGGUCUCGACUUCUCUUUCCUGACCACGCUCUGCACGUCGUGGCCCAUGGUCAUCGGCCAGGCUGUCCAGAUGAUCUGGGGCCUCGACAAGAAGCUCUCGCAGGAGUUCCGCGUGCGCGUGGGCUACGGCAUCUUCAUCCUCAUGGCCAUCCUCAUCAUGGUCUUCAGCGCCAUCAACUUCUCCAACCAGAAGACGGGCGGCAUCCUCGUGCUCAUCUGCUUCGGCUGCGUCGGCUUCGGCAACACGCUCUCCGAGGCCACGUACUACACGAUUGCCGCGCUCUUCCCCGUGCCCAAGUUCUCGCAGGCCGUGCAGAUCGGCAACGGCACGGCCGGCAUCCUCAACAUCUCGCUGGCCACGAUCCUGCGUCUGGCCGUGGGCGGCGUCCACCAGACGAGCAGCUCCACCAAGCUGGCCUUCUACCUCUUCUUCGGCCUCCUCAUUGUCGUGCUCAUCGUCGCGCUCUUCGUGUACCGCCGCCUAACCAGCCUGCCUUCCGUCAAGUACCUGCUCGAGCGCAACGCCGCGUCGGCCAAGGAGGAGAACCUCACGGAGCAGCCCGUGGGCAAGACGCUCAGCAACCUGUGGCGCAUCUUCCUCAUCAUCUGGAUGCCGGCCGUGACCCAGUUCCUCGUCUUCUUUGUGUCGCUCUCGGUCUUCCCGGGCUUCGGCUGCGCGGCCACGCGUAACCUCAUGCCGCCGUACUCGGACGUGACGCACACGGUGACGGCCAACUGGUACUGCGCGCCGGGCAUCGUGGGCUCGUACAACUACGGCGACUUCUUCGGCCGUAUCCUCACCGGCGCUGCCGUGUACAAGUUGCUCAACAGCGAGUGGUGCUUCGGCCUGUCCAUCGUGCGUCUGGCCUUCAUCCCGCUGCUGCUCAUGGGCGUGGCCGGCACGUCGCUCUACGCCUUUGGCCACGACGACAUGGGCGCCAUCGCCUACAACAUCGUGCUCAACCUGACCAUCGGUCUCUCGAACGGCUUCCUGUCCACGGUGACCAUGGGCGUGGGCCCGCGUCUCCUCAACCCGGAGGACCGCGAGUCGGGCGGUGCCGUCAUGGUGCUCUGCCUCUUCCUGGGACUUGCCGGCGGCUCCACGCUCGGCUUCUUCUUCAGCGACCAGGGCUGGCUCGGCCUGUAAGUUGGCUUCUUCUCUUCGAAGCCGCUUAGGUAGUGCGCUCUACACUCUUGUGUGUGUGAGCACGAAGAACUGUACAUGCUUCCCCUCCCCAUGCUUUACCUGUAUCGUACUGCAUGGCGAGCAACAUUUUCAGUACACGAACUUCUUAU